AUGUCUGACCUGAUACCAUUAUCACGAAUCUCUACGCAUUACUAUAAAAUCGCCCAUCUACUGCUGGUGAAUUAUGCCGUCUAUACGGCAAAAGAGACGUCCCUGGAUCAGUUCUUGCUAGAGUUAGAACUUCAGAUUAGAGAUAGAUUUCCACGCAUACUACUUACCUACUAUAGCAAAUGCUUAUAUCAUUUUGAAUUUGGUCAUAUAUCGGAUGGUUCACCAUCUAGUGAUUCGGAUACAACAUCGUAUUCUGGAAAAAUUCGCCUCGAUCAACAUUAUCCUCAGCUCGCCCUCAAGAGAGAAUCGUCAACGAAAGCCGCUUUUCUAUCAAAGCCCGCGAAACACCAUGCUGCCCAAGCAUUAAAUAAGAAAGACCAGUCUGUGACAGAAGAGCAUUUGGCUUUCGUCAGUCUAACAUUUUUCAAGGCGGUCAAGAAGAUGAUAGUUUAUAAUCUUUGCUUGAAGAGUGACACGCGAAUGUUCGGGAACUAUGUUGUAACGAACAAUCGCAAGGAAGACGGUCAGUAUUCCGUUAUCCAGCUCGAUCCUGUUGUCUUGGAAAAUGGUGAUCUAAUAGUUUCCCUAUUCCAAACGAAUCGUUUGGUUCUUUGGGACUCACAGCUUGUACGCUCUAAUGAGGCUUUUGUUGAGUUGGCCAACUCUUUCGUCAUAUACGUGGUACCUUCGGGGUUACGCUGCCAUUUUUAUGAUCCGUUGGACUAUAGCCAGACCUUCACAACUGCCGCCCCUAAAUCGAGUCACACUCUCUUACGCCUUUUAAAAUUGAGUACAGGCAUUGAUCUCACCAACAAGCAAAACAUUCUAUGGACGAAACUUAUUCCGAAUCUCCAGCAUUUAAACAAUCUUACUUCCAAUAUAUCUCACUUCAUCCAUGAGGUUGAUAACAAAAAAUAUAUCAUGUGGCCUUGGGAACUAUGUCUCUUACAAUUUGGAAGUCAUGAUAUUACUAGCAAACCGAAGGAUAAAACUUCGUGGUCAAUUGAUCCACUAGGACUUAUUAACAGAAUUUUGGACUCCAAUAUCGCUGCCAAGGACCAUCUGUCUCAUAAUAAAGAUGGACUGGCAUCAGUCGAUAUGAACGCUGCCAGCAGCGGACAAAAUUUUAAUUUCAACGCUCCCAGUUCACUCUCUACUGGUAAAAGUAGUGGUCAUGGCGCCACGAUGGAGGAUAUUUCGAUUAGAUUAGAAACGCCUCAACUUGAUGACUUUAACUAUGCUGUCUCCCAACCUAUUGAAAGGGAAGUCUCUAAUCCCAAAGCCGAACAAGAGAUUAUAACAGGGGAAGAUGAUAUGUGCACAUCAUCUUUAUCUCCUCCUAGAAUCGCUAGGAAGGUCGAUUAUAAUGAUAGUGAUACCAAUGACGCAGAAUAUGAGGGGAUUGAUGACGAUCUUUUUGGCGAUGGCUCUGAGCCAGAGGUGUUCGAAAAUGACCCCGUUACGACAUCCAUAAGAGAUAACAAUAAAGGUGGACACUCUUCUACCGAUUUCUCGGGUGAAGGAACCCAUCGUGAUACAAAUUUCACUCCUGACAAGAUGAACAACAGAGAAAUAAAGGAUUUAGAAGCUGUUGACCAAGGAACCCCGACCACCUUCGUCAAUAUCCCCAAAGACCAAAUGAUAUCGGAUCUAGAACCAAUUCCUUCUUCAUAUAAAGAUCCGGGGCUCCUUUACCAGUCUUUCCCUCACUCAACCGUUGCUUUCUCUGACUCGUCUAUUUCUCACAAAGACAAGGUCGCAUCGACGGUGCAAAACUCGACAAAAAACGAACGACUUAACGACUUUUCUUGUCAUGAACAAAGACAAGGCUACGUCUUCUCUCCUAUCAAGUUUAACCCUGUGAUAAGGAGCAGUAUAGACACAAAGUAUGGUAAGGGUGGAAAAUUCUACGUCUCGCACGAGCCCAUGGACGAAGCUGAUACGAAAGGUCGUCGUAUGCGUGAAACGAGCGUGAGCCAUGGCUCUCCACUCCACUUAUCGAAUGAUUAUAAUGAUAAUGAUAAUGAAAGCGGUCAAGAUAUUAAGCUCCUGACAAAACUUCGAGCACCAGAGAGAACUAAUGGGAGUACGGGUGAGUCUGGUGGACUUGAUUCGGACCUGCAAGUUGAAGACCAUUUAAGUCGGCAAGACAGACGUGAGAUUGAUUUCCAGGGGAGUACUGAAAUCCUGGAAAACUUAGGCGAGAAUGAUAACGUUUUUGAUGAUGCCGUUCCUAAUGAGAGUGAUGAUGUGGAUGAUGAAGGUGGUGAGGAAGAUGAAAGUGAUGAAGAUGAGGAAGUCGAGAAUGAUGAAUUAGAAACUUCACCGCUCAGGCUAAACACCUCUAACCAAGAUCCUGCUCUUGGCGGCCCUGUCGAUACUAAUCGUAACCCGAGCUCCAAUGCGUAUGUCCCUAUGCCGCGUUCCAAUGUAUUGUCGCCCGCCUCUGGGGUCAUCAAUAUCAAAGUUGAGUCGCCCUCUACCUUGGCUGUGAGGAACGAGCUCCAUGGCCAGUCUUUAUCGCCUAUGUCUAUACACCAGCUAGAACUUAAGGAUGAUUUAGUUGCAGCUGCUAACGAUACAAAAGAUAUUGACAUGUCCGUGCCAGCUACAAGUGCUGCUAGCCCGACAUCGAUCUCGUCCAGUGGAAUGGGGGAGUCUUCUAAUUGUCUUCCAUUAAUACUUCGAAGUAUAAAUGUUCUUACGAUACCCCCUGCUUUCGUAUUAAGGGAGGAAAUCGAUAAUUGGGACGGCGUUACUAUGCUGACGGGUUUUGAUAUGGAUGUGGUGGAAGAAGUAGAGGAUCUAUCUAAUAGUAAUGCCGGUCCACUUAAUGUGAGAGGAACCGACUUGGACGAGUAUUUAAGGUGGGUAACAAGCAAUCUUGUAUUCGAUUUUGGCAACUUUGAGACUAACGCCAAAAUACUAAUGAGGCUUCCAGGUGAUCGGCAAGAUGAGCGACCCGAAUCAAUGGCUGAAACAGAACCGUCUGAGAGUAUGAGAAAUUCAUUCGAAGAAGUUUUUCCGUUGAGUUCUAGAGUGAACCUCAACGAGUUCCGCUUCGGCUUCUCAAAACAGACUGAUGAAAAUUCUGGCAGAGCUCAGCUGACUCAUAUGGAUAAUCAACUUGCCUUUCUUGAACCAGCAGAAGGCUUACAAAGUCAAACCCUGGAUAUGAAUUCUUUGUACUGGGAUUCUAUUUAUUAUGACGCACCCGGAAAUCAGCGUAAUGCCACAUCUUACUGGAAUAUCUUGAAGCAAACCGAACGGAAAUGGGCUCUUCAAAAGGGUAAUGAUGAGGCAUUUCUAGAGAUGUAUGACGUUAAGGCAAAAGUUUUGAAGCCUUCUUCAGAGAUAAUCAAUUUUGAUUUUGUUGGCUUAAGAUUCUGGCGCUAUCUCAAUCUCACUCCUGUCAAUCGUGAUAGAAAAUUUCAAAUUCUACUAAUCUCGGAGUACUCGCCAGAAACCUAUGAUCUCAAUGUCUUCGAAAACGGUAAUCUUUCCCUCUUAAACAUGUUGAGGAACAACUAUAAGGAUAAUCAUUUUGGAGACAUAAAGAAAUUAUCGUUGCAGACAGCAGAAAAUAGGCAGGACCUUGAAGGUGUUAUAAAUGGUACCGUCUUAGCAGAGCGCCCCAGAGGCGAUCAUAGUUACAGCAAGUUCUACAGUCGUACGGACAAGAGGCUCAGAUCGUUGGCUGAACUCAUCAAGUUGGACCUCAUCAACAAAAACAACAGGUUCGACUUCGAUCGACCCCUCCUUUUAUUAUUUGUGAAUUUUGAUCAAAGCGUUGGCUCUAUUUCUCAAAUAUCGAAGCUCUGCAGAAAUUUCAAGGCGGCUCUCAAGGCUCAUCAACUAUCACUAGUGGAAGUUUUUUCUCAUAUUAUACCUGGAGAUAAAAUUGUGAAACAGUCAGCUCAUUUGAUGAGAUUAAAGUAUAUUUCGAAUACUGAGCUAACUAAUUUGUCGAUGAUGCUCUACAACAAGUGCCCCGAUAGCAAGCCUAAGCAUUCUGCAAGAAAUGCAAAAGGAACUACGGGUCUUUUUACCAGGCUAAUCAAGGAAAGACCGGAGAGCUUAAGUUUUAAGGCGACAAAUCGUGGGUUGAACAACGAUACCGAUGCUACACUAUCAGAGGAUUUGUUUCUACAUGUAGCAUAUGAGCGAUCAGUUGACAGGAGAUGGAUAUCGGCUGCCUGGUCCGAUCCUCAUGGGAUCGUGACGCACACUAAGUCAUGGCAUUGUACGACGAAAAGAGGUGGCUCAUCAAGCGCUCACGACACUGGAGAAGUCAUAACGGAGAUCUGGGAGAUUUCUAAUUCAUUACUCAAAUUCCUCAGUGCUGAUGAUUCUCGCAGAGCGUGCGGUAGUGGCGGUAAGCGCUUUUUGGUCCUAACUCGUGUGAACAGCAUUUUACCAGAUGAUGAGCUUGUGUUCUGGAAAAGAUUGACCGCCAAACACAAAGAAGUCUCCUUAGUUGUGCUUACCGCGAAUAGAUUGCCUAGGUUAACCUUCAGCUUACAGGAGAGGGCUUUGUCUGAUAGCGGAAUAAGCGAGCACACACCCUCACAUUCUGUCUCAACAUCGGCCAACAGGAACCAUUCCGUGAGCGGACUAGCUGGGGUAGACUUAAUCAAAGCUUUCAACGGUGGUCCCUUUCCGUACAUGUCUUCUCCUAACACUGCCGAAAUGAACACUUUAAACUCACCAAUGAAUCCAGGUGGUAUAAAUGUGCUUUCACCUCAUCAGUUUGUCAAUGUGCCGGGGAAUUUUUUAAGUCCUCACGAUGGGAAUGGAGCUUCUAACCUACCAGAAAGCAAUGCUACUGAUGAAAUGAAUUUGCAUCUUCGGGAUGCAUGUCUUGACCUAAUAGGAUUUAUCCCUCAGACAUCUCUUCCAUCCUCAAAUUCCCCAACGAGAUUGGGGAUGAAAACGGGUUACUUGAUUCGAGAUGUCAAAUCAAAAGGCAAACUGCUGAAAGGCUUGAUGGUUUUUGAGCUUUCUCUUCUCAGUUGUUCUAGUCAAUGGAACUUGAAUUCAAUAAUGAAAAUUUUGCUUAAUCAGUUCAAAAAGUUGAUCUACUUAAAUCAUAUCAUUGGAAUUUGUGGACUCGCUAGUACUAGUGGAAAAGAUGAUGGCCAGAAUCAUAGAAACUUGCUUCGAUCCAUGGUUCCUUGGCAUAUCAACGCUAUUGGGAAAAGUUUAGAUUACUUGGUCCAUAUAAGAGUCGAUGAAGAGUCAUAA